UGGUAUUUAUAUAGGAAUCCAUAGCAUUAUGUGAGUUAUAGGAAUUUCGAAAUAAGGUCGUCGAUGAGGACAAUCAUGGUAGACGUGCAGGAUAUUUUACAUUUCCCGCCUGCAAUAGCCCCCAAACGCAAUUCGAAUCGAACAAGCUCGGCAACAUUGCCUCGUGCUCAACGCCCCCGCGAAACGUCUUAACAGAAGCAGCUGUGGUAGGCAGCGCGAGUAGAGAGAUACGAGUAGCGCAAGUAGUCGAGUAGAUGAGUAGCCGAGCAGUGAGUAGCGAUUAUCGAGUGGCGAGCGGUGACGUCCAGGCUAUACGUCGUGGUAACAGUGUCCAAUAGUGGCUCCCUCGUCACUCGAAUCCCAGUCUCGACUCUUCAAGUCCCAUCUUUAUCAGCGUUGCCGUGCGUGGAUUGUGUCCAGUGCUCGUGCCUAUUGUCCAGUCUCGCACGUUGGCUGGAGAAGUACCAACCAAAUAGCUGAGAGACAAUGAACGCCUCAGAACAUGGGUUUAACCCAGCUUUUAACAUGGCUUCCAUUAAGCAAGCCAUCAAUGAGGCAGUCGAAAGAGUUUCAACAGUGAGAAUGCCAGCACCUACUCGAUUGCGUGACCUUAUACGUCAAAUUAGAGCAGCAAGAACUGCUGCUGAAGAAAGAACAGUUGUCAAUAAAGAAUGUGCAUAUAUUAGAUCUACAUUUAGAGAAGAAGAUAGUGUCUGGAGAUGUCGUAACAUAGCAAAACUUCUUUAUAUUCAUAUGCUAGGAUAUCCAGCACAUUUUGGCCAGUUAGAAUGCCUAAAAUUAAUUGCAUCUCCAAGGUUUACUGAUAAACGUAUUGGAUAUCUUGGUGCAAUGCUUCUUCUUGAUGAACGGCAAGAUGUUCAUUUAUUAAUUACGAAUUGUUUAAAAAAUGAUUUAAACAGUUCGACACAAUUUGUAAUUGGCUUAGCAUUGUGUACUCUUGGUGCAAUAGCUUCUCCUGAAAUGGCUAGAGAUCUUGCAGCGGAAGUAGAAAGAUUAAUGAAAUCACCGAAUGCAUAUAUAAGAAAAAAGGCUGCUCUUUGUGCAUUUAGAAUAAUUAGGCGAGUGCCAGAAUUAAUGGAAAUGUUUUUACCAGCAACACGAAGUUUACUGACAGAAAAAAAUCAUGGGGUACUUAUUACUGGCGUUACUCUUAUUACAGAAAUGUGUGAAAACAGCGUGGAUACAUUAAAUCAUUUUAAGAAGGAAUGCGGCCAUCGAGAGAUUGUGCCAAAUCUUGUCAGGAUCCUAAAAAAUUUGAUACUUGCUGGUUAUUCUCCAGAGCAUGAUGUAUCUGGUGUGUCAGAUCCAUUUUUGCAAGUUAAAAUAUUACGUCUUCUACGAAUUCUAGGGCGCAAUGAUGUUGAUGCUUCUGAAGCAAUGAAUGAUAUUCUUGCACAAGUCGCUACAAAUACUGAAACAAGUAAAAACGUAGGCAACACAAUUUUAUAUGAAACAGUUCUGUCAAUUAUGGACAUAAAAUCAGAAAGCGGCUUACGCGUAUUGGCUGUAAAUAUUUUGGGUCGAUUUUUAUUAAACAAUGACAAGAACAUUCGCUAUGUUGCUUUAAAUACAUUAUUAAAAACCGUGUAUGUAGAUACAAGUGCUGUACAAAGACAUCGAUCAACGAUUUUGGAAUGUUUAAAAGAUCCGGAUGUAUCGAUAAGACGCCGAGCUAUGGAACUUAGCUUUGCUCUUGUUAAUACAAAUAAUAUUAGAAAUAUGAUUAAAGAAUUACUUUUAUUUUUGGAACGUGCAGAUCCUGAAUUUAAAGCUCAAUGCAGUAGCAAUAUAGUAAUGUCGGCUGAGCGAUUUUCUCCGAACAAACGUUGGCAUCUUGAAACACUUUUUAAAGUCUUAAUAGCGGCGGGCAAUUAUGUCAGAGACGAUGUUGUAGCCUGUACUAUACAGCUUAUUUCUGAAACUCAGACUCAACAAGUUUAUGCUGUAAGUGCAUUGUGGCGUGCUUUGGAAAAAGAUACGUUUGAUAAGCAACCGCUAACACAAGUUGCUACUUGGUGUAUUGGAGAAUAUGGUGAUGUACUAUUAUACGGACCAUAUCCAGAUGACGCCGAUGCACCUGUCAAUUUAACUGAAGAUGAAGUUAUUGAUGUGUAUCAAAGACUAUUGUGGAGUCCCCAAAAUACCGUCGUUACAAAACAAUAUACGUUGUUGUCUUUAACGAAAUUGAGUACACGAUUUCAACGAGGAAAUGAUAUGCUACCUCCAUUUUACAGGAAAAUUCGACAAAUAAUUGACACGUUUGGCAGCAAUUUGAAUAUUGAAUUGCAACAGCGAGGAAUCGAAUUCUCACAACUUUUCAGGAAAUACGAUCAUUUAAGGCCUUCGCUAUUAGAGAGAAUGCCUCCAAUGGAAACUGCAAGACCACAAGCCAAUGGUAUUAUUGGAAUGGUAAAUGGAGACCCAGACAUGGAUGAUGAAAAAUCUUCGAUAAUUGAACCUGGAAAUACUACAUCUCAAUCUGAUUCAAGUGCUCUUUUAGAUUUACUUGGAAGUGGUGACUUAAGUUCUUCAGUAUCUACUAUGCCUGCUGGUAAUACUCCUACCGUUACAACUCCUGCCACAAAUAGCAAUGAUUUGUUGGACUUGCUUGGUGGUUUAGAUUUAACAACACCUACUUCAAUAUCAGUACCUCAUCAACAAUUACCAACACAAAUUUUCAGUCCUACAAAUACUACCAAUUAUCUUGUAGAUGGCUUAUUGAACUCUUCUUCCAUGUCAAAUCCAAAUGAUGUACCAAGCAUGGUUGUAUUUGAUAAGCAAGGAUUAAAAAUUACUUUCAAAUUAGAAAGAUCACUUGACAAUGCAGAUUUGUUAAUAAUUAAUAUGGUGGCUCAAAAUUCAGGAUUGUCACAAAUUACUGAUUUCUUAUUUCAAGCUGCGGUUCCGAAGACAUUUCAGUUGCAUAUGUUAUCUCCAUCAGGUUCUUUAUUGCUUCCUUCAGGUCAAGUUACACAAGUUCUAAAAGUAACAAAUAUUAAUAAGGCAGCAUUGCGAAUGCGUUUGCGUAUAUCAUAUACAGGGACUGCUGGACCAAUCCUAGAACAAACCGAAGUGAACAACUUUCCUACAGUUGCUAUGCAGUGACAACACGUAAUACAAAAUUCAAUUGUAUAUACAUUUGCCUAAGAUUUCUAUCAUGUUUCACAUCGACUGAAAACAAAUCAGUUUCAUUUUAACAUUACGUGUUGUAUCAUUAUCAUUCGCUGCUAAAAAAACAGUGCUAGCAUAGAGCUACAACGUAAUGGAAGUAUGUGCUAUAAUUCAAGUGUAAAAAGAAACAAACAAAAUAUAUCACUGAUUCUAGAUAGCUGUACGUCGAUCAGGCUAUAGAGUCGCGUAUAUAUACGUUUAUAUAUAUAAAUAAAUGUUUAUAUGUAUAAAUAUAUAUAUAUAUAU